AUGAUCAGUAUACGAGUUGCCAAGUAUGGAAAACCACCUGAGAAUGGCUGUCCCAGUGUGAAUACUAAGGAAAGUGAAGAAAGUAAGAACUGUAAACGACCUAAUGCUAUGCAGUUUUCACUGCUGCAAACAGUGUUGGAAGAGUGUCAGAAGAAACCCCAAUGUAAGUUCAGCACGGUGCCCAAACCGGGUCUCAUAGACCCCUGUCCGACGCAUAGCAAAUACGUCGAAGUCACUUACAAAUGUCGACCGUAUGAAUUUCGAAGUAGAAACAUCUGCGAAGGUGAACGGAUUAAGCUUAGUUGUAACCCUCACUCCAGAAUAGCAAUCUUCGAUGCUCAGUAUGGUAGAACAAAAUUUGAGGCUACCAGGUGUCCUCAGCCACCAGGAGUACCAGAUGAAACUUGUGCAGCUCCACAUGCUGUGAAGACAGUUAUUCAGCAGUGCUUAGGGAAGCGUCGAUGUCAGAUAGUGGCUCACAAUAGGAUUUUUAACUCUUCGUGUCAAAUAGAGUCGAAGGCUUACCUAAAAGUUGUAUAUGCUUGUGUUCCAUUAGGUGUUCUGUCAGAGAAAUUUGAGAGUGCUGUCGAAAGAGAUGAGAUAAGCGGUACAUUUAAUCUGAAUGGGGGCUUUUUCGAAGAUUCAGAAGAAGAAGGGGAUAGGUACAGAGAGCCCAAUGCUGAUCACGCACUGCUGUCACCUUUAGACGAUAUUGCGCCUUCAACUCAUGAUCACAGAGAAGAGUCAACAACACAUGAUAUUGACACUACCAUAAAAGAGAAUGAACGUAUACCAGAUCCACAACGUCACAAUUCUGCACUUUUCUUAUAUACUGGUAUCGGAAUUUUAAUUUUUAUCAUUAUUGUUGCAAUUUUUAUCGGAGUCAGAUGUUACAUAAGUAGAAAGUUAACUGAAAAUUCUAAAAACGGGGAUAUGUAUACUACAGAAGCACCCAAUGUUUUUAAUGAUGCUUUUUCUGAUAUUGAUAAUGAUGCAGAUAUAAGUCAUAUCUCAGGCACAUUCCACGAUCCCCUUCAUCCAGAUAUGAUCUUAUAUAAAAAUAUUCCUGGCAGCAGAGGAACUCUACGUGCUAUGAAACCAUUGUGUACGAUAUAUCCUUCUCCAAUAGAAGCAAAUAUGUACGGUAACGUAGAUUUUGUGCCUUCACAUACGAGAGAUCAGGUUGUAGCACCAAGGUUUACAAGAAGUCGCAGCAACGAGGAAGAAGUCGAACCAAAUGUUAUGACCAGCCCGAGAAGUUUAGGUGCGCCAUCAAGUAAUUAUUAUUAUGGCUGA